AUGGCUUUCAUCCUUCGGCGUCCGUUCGCCGUAUCCACGGCUCUAAAGGAAGCUCCAAAGCUUUCAAACACUGCUCGCUUCAUUCACAACUCCCCAUUCAAGCCCGCUGAGGCCGCUAAGCCUUUCGCCGCCCAGCGCUCGUUCUUCAACAAGUCUCACCAGACCUUCCACAAUGCCUUCCGACGCACCUACAUGCAGCAGACGUAUAGCGCACAAGGGGGAAACUUCACUCAGAAGCUGUUGUAUGGAGGCGCGAUCGUUGGUGGUACUAUUUUGGCCACCAACUUUAUCUUCAACCGGGAAACGCGCGAAGAUGGCGGUAUGCCUGCUUACGAGCGAAGCUUCCUGAAUGAGACUUUCAUGCACACUGGACUUGGUAUUGGUAUCAUCGCAAUCGCUGCCCGCGCGCUUCACACUAGUGGCUGGUCAGUUCGGUUGAUGGCUAUGAACCCGUGGCUGGUUAUGGGAGUUGGCCUGGUGGGCAGUAUCGGCUCCAUGUACGCUACUUUUGCUACUCCUCCUGAUAACUAUCUUCUGAAGUACGGUUGCUGGACCAUGUUCAACCUGACCCAAGCCGCGCUCCUCUCCCCUUUGAUGUUCAUGCAUCCCGCGAUCCUCGCCCGUGCUGGCCUGUACACUGUUGGAAUGAUGGGUUCGAUCGCCUUUGUUGGCGCUACCGCCAAGCAGGAGAAGUACUUGUACCUCGGUGGUCCUCUCCUGGCUGGUGUCGCCCUCGUCGCGCUCUCUGGACUCGCUCCUAUGGUUCUGCCCGCAACUGCCGCUCGCACUCUGAUGUGGUCUGAACGUGUCUGGCUUUACGGUGGUCUCGCGGUCUUUGGCGGCUUCACCUUAUAUGAUGUGCAGAAGAUUACACCCAUGCCCCGCCUUGCUGAGCGCGGUUACAUGAAGCGCGAUGUUGUCAAUGAGAGCGUCAGCCUCGAGCUUGACUUCAUCAACAUUUUCAUUCGCAUGGUCCAGAUUCUGGGCAUGCGCAGCAACAACCGGAAGUAA